UUGUCAAGCGUCAAGCCAACCCGAAGUCCCAAACUUGAAACUCAAGAACUCUCAGUCGAACUCUUCGGUUAUCUGUCUCACGUUCUCUCAGAGACUCAGACCUUAGUCCGUCAAUCUCUUCGUCUUCUAAUCUUCUUCUUCCAAAAGAGCCUCAAUUCCAGAUGCAUAUGCCAAGCCUUGGGCACAGGCAAUCAUAAUUGUUUCUUCAAUCGCACCUCAAGAGUAGAAAAAAAAAGUCUUGCGAGUACAUGGUAUUUCACCCAAGGUCCUAACUGAUCCUGUAACCAAACCGGUCUAGGGUUCGAACCCCGAUCCCCUGAAACAAAGAGUAAAAGAUAAACUCUUCGUCAAAGAAGAAGAGAGAGAGAUAUGAAUGAAGAGGAAGUGGAACCUCCACUCGGGGUUCUAUUGGGUCGAAAGCGCAGGAAAACGAAGUCCGCCAAGAGAGCAAGCCAAGCAACACCGCACAGCACAGAGCCACUUCAAAUCGAACCAGAGCCCGUCCCGAUCGAUGCGGAGCCAAUUCAAAUUGAGCCGGAGCCAGUUGCAAUUAAGCCAGAGAACUCAAGGAAUGGUGCUAGGGUUACUGUUUCGAUGUUCGAUGACUCGGUGGAGAAUCACUUCAGAGUCAUGCACACGAUUUCCGAGCUCUGUGGCGACGCUGAAGACGAGCCACUCCCGGUGAGCGACAUUCAACGCUUAUCAUCCUCCACCACUUUCUUGAGGGAAUGGGCAGAUUUUAAGUAUGAACCUAGAGAUGUUCGAUUCGCUUGCGAAGCAGAAAGCUCUGAUGAGGAGGAUGUUGUCAGUAGGAUAAACUUGCGGCAGUUUUCUUCUGCAACUGUUCCACAGAACGAGGCGGGGAACACAUCUUCUCCAGAGUUGAGACAAGACUAUGUGAUGUAUGUUGGAGGGCCUGUUUGGGCAUUGGAUUGGUGUCCUAGAGUUCAUGAAAGUCACGACCGUCAUGCAAAGUGCGAGUUUAUUGCCAUUGCUGCUCAUCCCCCUGGAUCUUCUUAUCACAAGUUAGGUGAGCCACUUACUGGCAGAGGUGCCAUUCAGAUAUGGUGUCUUCUAAAUGCUAGUGUAAAUGAUGAAGGUGUUCCUAUAGGAGACAAACCAAAAGGAGGAAAUAAAAGGAGUGGAGCCACAGAAAAAUGCACUGAACAAAAAAGGGGAAGACCCAGAAAGAAGCCAUUAGAAGAAUCUGUUGGCAAAGAGGCCGCAGAAGAAAAACUGUCUGAGCCAAAAAGGCCGAGAGGAAGACCUAGAAAGAAGCCAAUAGAAGAAUCUAUUGACAAAGAGGCCAAAGAAGAGAAAUCAACUCAACCAAAGAGGCCUAGAGGAAGACCUAGAAAUAAAUCAAUAGAAGAAUCUGUUGACAACUUGGAUGGGAGAACCAAUUGUGAUGAGGUUCUUGCUAUUGAUUAUCCAAAGGAAUCAUCUGAGUUGCAUUCUAUGGAUUGUCUUCCUGCAAAUACUCAAGGAAAUUUUGUACAAGAAUAUCAUGGCAAAAAGCAACUAAGUUAUGGGCAGAGUCAACCAAAGAAGCCUAGAGGAAGACCCAGAAAGAAGCCAAUAAAAGAACCUGUUGACAAUUUAGAUGGGGGCAACAAUAAUUUUGAGGUUCUUGCUAUUGAAUACCAAAAGGAAUCACUGGAGUUGCAUUCUACGGAUUGUCUUCUUGCAAAUACUCAAGUGGACGCUGUACAAGAAACAAGUUACAAGCAGACUCAAUCAAAGAGGUCUAGAGGAAUACAUGGAAAGAAGCCAAUAGAAGAAUCUGUUGAAAACUUGGAUGACAGCAGCAAUACGGGUGAGGCUCUUGAUGAUCAAUAUCCAAAGGAAUUAUUGGAGUUGGAGGGCAGGGAUUGCGCUCCUGAAAAUACUCGAGGAGAUGAGGUACAAGAUGAUAGUGGUAAGAAAAGAAAAACAAACAGAAAGACUCGAGCAAAGAUUCCUAGAGAAAAACCUGGGGAGAAGCUAGUAGAAUAUUCUGUUGAUAACUUGCAUGGGAGCAGCCAUUAUGCGGAGGCUCUUGGAGUCCAAUAUCUCAAGGAAACAUCAGAGUUGCAUGCUAUGGAUUGUGUUCCUGCAUUUACUCAGGCGCAUGAUGUACAAGAAGCUCUUAAUGAAAAACUUGAAAGUUCCGGACCGGGUCCUCAAACAAAUAAUAAUGUUUCAAAUAAUGGUUAUGCUGAAAUUGGCUCAAUUAGGUGUUCAGUUCCAAAGGAUGUAGCAUUGCCAAGAAUCAUAUUCUGCCUAGCUCACCAUGGAAAGGUUGCUUGGGAUGUGAAAUGGCGUCCUCUUAAUGAACAUGAUUCCAGAUGCAAGCAUCGAAUGGGCUAUCUUGCUGUUCUGUUGGGGAACGGGUCUCUGGAAGUGUGGGAGGUUCCUGUUCCUCGUGCAAUUGAAGUUAUUUAUUCUUCUUCAUCUGGAGAGGGCACUGAUCCUCGCUUUGUAAAAUUGGCACCAGUAUUUAGAUGCUCAAUGUUGAAGUCUGGUGACAAAAAAAGCAUCCCUCUUACUGUUGAAUGGUCAGCUUCACCACCUCACGAUUACUUAAUUGCCGGAUGCCAUGAUGGAACUGUUGCUAUGUGGAAGUUUUCUGCUAGUAAUGUAUCUCAAGAUACAAGGCCUUUACUUUGUUUCAGCGCAGAUACAAAUCCUAUUAGGGCGCUUUCUUGGGCCCCAGCUCAAAGCAAUUCAGACAAUGCAAAUGUUAUAGCUACUGCUGGACAUGGAGGCCUAAAAUUUUGGGACCUACGUGAUCCAUUCCGUCCCUUGUGGGACAUCGAUCAUAUACCAAGGUUCAUAUAUAGUCUGGAUUGGAUUCCAGAUCCAAGGUGUGUUCUUCUCUCCUUUGAUGAUGGAACAAUGAGACUUCUCAGCUUGACAAAGGCUGCCUCUGAUGCCCCUGUAACAGGAAAACCCUUUGCUGGAACAAAACAACAGGGCCUGCACAAUCUUGGUUGUUUGCCUUUUGCUAUCUGGAGUGUUCAAGUAUCAAGACUAACAGGUAUGGUUGCAUAUUGUGGUGCAGAUGGAACUGUUCUGCGCUUCCAACUUACGUCCAAUGCUGUGGAGAAAGAUGCUACACGAAACCGGGCCCCACAUUUUCUGUGCGUGUCACUAACUGAAGAGGACUCUGUUGUGACCAUCAAUACCCCAGUACCACAUAAUCCUUUCCCGUUGAAAACAUCUCGUAAAGCUGAGCCAAACAAAGUGAAGAGAGAACAUGAUAAGAUGACAACUACAUCACAAGAUCAAGUUUUAGCUCUUUGUUACGGUGAUGAUCCGGGUAUUGAAUUAGAAUCUGGGAAAGAAGCAGCAUCUCUUGGAAGCAAAACACUCAAAUCUGCGGAUGACCAAGCAUUAGUAUGCAUGGAUCAAGAGCCAUUUAAUACCCAAGACGAAGAAAUUGGAGAAAAGGGUACAUCUCUUAAAGGCAUUGUAAAACAGAAAUCCAAGUCUAGUAAGAAAAAUACAGAGGAUGAACAAGAACUGGAAGGCAGAGAUGAAGAGCUGAUUAAUACGCAGAGAGAAAAAACUGGGACCGAGUAUGAAGUUUUUCCUUCCAAGCAAGUAGCAAUGCACCGAGUGAGAUGGAACAUGAACAAGGGUAGUGAGAGAUGGUUAUGCUAUGGAGGGGCAGCUGGAAUAGUACGUUGUCAAGAGAUUGUUUUGUCUGACAUUGAUAUGAAAUGGGCAAGGAAGAAAUGAGAAACCAUGUUUUCUGUAGCUUCUUGAUUCUUCUGACACCAUGACGACAGAGUUAAUUGGGGAUGUAUAUAGAUUAGAAUUGCGUGUUGAUAUUAACUUCCUGCAUGUGUGUAAAUGAAUGUAGAUUUGUAAUUCUGUCUUGUUGGAAAGCUAUACUCAUUUUUAGGAUUUUAGCGGCCACAUGUGAUAUAGAAGGCCUACCACCGGCGGUAUGAAACUAAAGGUAAGGUAGUUUUAUCACUUCAUGACUCUUUGAUCUUCUUUUUGUUUACAAAAUAGAAAUAAAAGAAAUGAUUCUAAUA